AUGGCUCCUAUUAAAGUCGGAAUUGUUGGCUACGGGUUUGGUGCUAGAAACUUUCACGUACCAUUCAUUCAAGCAAUCCCUGAUUACGAGAUCACUGCCAUUUUCCAGAGGUCGGAAGCUCCCAGCGACCCUGCAUCAGCAGCGCCUGGUUCUCACUGCACAGUCGACUUUCCUAAUAUCAAGCACUAUCGCAAAGAAGAGGAGUUCUUCGCUGAUCCCGAUAUCAAUCUUGUCGUCGUUGUCACCCGAACAGAUACACACGCUUCGUUCGCAGAGAAGGCUUUGCUGGCGGGGAAGCAUGCCCUCGUCGACAAACCAUUCGCGAAAUCGGCAGAAGAUGCCGACCGUGUUAUCAAACUCGCCGAGAGCAAAGGAUUGAUCUUAACCUGUUAUCAGAACCGCAGAUGGGAUGGCGAUUUCAGGACGCUCAGAGGCCUCAUACAGCAAGGUGCCCUGGGUACGAUCAAGGAGGCGGAAAUACACUAUGACUUCGAGUCGCCACCAUGGCUCUUCAGGCCUGUCACAGGGCCUGUUCCGCCAGAAAAUGGAAUGGCAUUUGGUUUGGGUUCACAUAGCGUCGACCAGGCGCUAGUUCUCUUCGGCCGACCGAAGUCUGUGACAGGCUUCUACCGUACCCAAAUAGACAACGGUAGCAAUGUGGAGGAUUCUUUCACGAUCAUCCUCCAGUACGAUGGUCCGCAAAAGGAUUUGCUCGUCACAGUCAAGACUUCGGUAACCACACCGCUGAAAGAGCAGAUUAAAUAUAUUAUCCGUGGAACUGAGGGCUCCUAUGUCAAGGUAUGCCUUCGCACGCGAUGA